AUGGCUUCUGCGACACCCUCGUUUCCCUCCAAGAGAGAGACGACCAAUUAUGCCCGGUUAUGCCGGCUUUUGGUGGAUGUGGGUACACUUAUCGUGAGAGAGACUUUUGACAGGAAGCAUCCAGCAGAAAACUUGUGCACAGUUUUGUCAAGCAAUAAAAUUAAUUCUGUCUUAAAAUCACUUCGAGAAAGACGUAUCUUAAAUCCCCAUCAGUGGGGUAAGAUAUAUCCUGCUAUCAAGUCUUCAGUUUCAUCAAGAGAUUUUGACAUCACUCUGCUUAUGGUUCUUUUGAGGAACAUCUGUGGUCUCACUCCUCUGGCUACCGGCUGGGACGCACUUCCUCCAGCUUCAGAUACAACCCUUCAGGCAGAUCUUGCUCGAAUUAAGUACUACCGAAACACAGUUUACGCCCAUGCCGUCAAAGCCUCAGUUGAUGACGCAGAAUUCAAUCGACACUGGAAGGACAUUCAAAAAGUAUUGGUAAGACUGGGAGGAGUCGGCUACCAAGAUGCUAUCGACAAUCUGAAAAAGGAAAGGAUGGACCCAGAACUUGAGGAACACUACAAAGAUCUUCUUAAACAGUGGGUAAUGGAUGAAGUUAGCAUCAAGGAACGACUGGAUGAAAUCGAAGAAAAGAUGAUUAAGAAUUUCGAAGACUUAAAAGUGAGUAUGGAUAUUUUAAAUAAAAUGAAGAAAAAGGAAGACGUCGUCAUUCUCAUAUUGGGUGAGACCGGAGUCGGAAAGUCAACCUGGAUCAAUGGGAUUGCCAACUAUCUGAAGUAUGACUCUCUGCUGGAUGCCAUCGAUGCUAGGGAAUUCACUGUCUUAGUUCCCUUCAGGUUUACCUUUACCGAUGAAAAGGGGAAAGGAAUAGAUGUUUCCUUUGGUUCGGAUGAAAAUGAAGUCUUUGCUACUGGCCAGUCUGCUACCCAGACGGCUCGGGAGUAUAUGUUUGAGACAGACACCAGAAGGUACCACCUUAUCGACACUCCAGGAAUCGGAGAUUGUAGAGGUAUUGGUAAGGACAAAGAAAACUUUGAGAACAUCCUGGAAUUUCUUACUCUCUACAACAAGAUUAAUGCCGUGGUUGUGCUUCUCAAACCAAACAAUCCCAGGUUGACUGUGGCCUUCAGAUUCUGUGUGGUAGAACUACUUACACAUCUUCACAAGUCGCUUGUCUCCAACAUAAUCUUUGCCUUCACGAACUCCAGGGGUACCUUUUACAAGCCAGGAGACAGCCUUCCAGUUCUCAAGGAACUCUUACAGGAAUACAACCUAGAAAUCGAUGUCUCACCGUCAAACUAUUUUUGUUUCGACAACGAAGCUUUCAGAUUUCUUGCCUGCAACAAGAAAGGAAUCAAGUUUACACCGAAAGAGGUUAACCUGUACUCAGAAAGCUGGGACUUGUCUUGCGAAACUACCAGCAAACUUUUCCAGCGAGUGAUGGAAAUGAAACCACACGACACAAAGAAGACUCUAAGUCUGAAUGAGGCGAGGAACUACAUCAUUGCCUUAAGCAAACCCAUGGGGGAAGCUUUUGAACUUAUAACCAUGAACUUAAAGCGGAUUGACGAUGAAACAGAGAAGUGCAAGAUUUUUGACAGUGACAUCAGCACUUUCCGAGCGCAUCUUAAGUUCAAAGGGUUUGAUCUGAUUGUUGAGCCUCUAGACUACCCCAUGACUGUUUGUGCUGGUGAUGAAUGCAAGACCUAUGCAAAAGUUGGUGAGGAAAAUGUGACGCGCACAGUUUAUGACCAGAUCUGCCAUGAUCAUUGCUACCUUCCAGGAGUAUCCGUUGAGACCAUAAACAACGACAAGCUUUACAAGUGUCGCGCAAUGCACAAUGGUCACUGUACAAAAUGUCGUCACAGCUACAGUGAGCAUAUGCAUAUUACCUACAAAACUACUCUCGUAGAGACGGAAUUCCUAUCUAAAAAAGCACAGAGUUUAAUCAUGAUGAAAGAAGACAUGAAGUCUCAGAAGGAAGCGUUCAUCGAUACGCUGAAGAUGCGGAGUAAAGAAUAUAAACGAGAAAAGGAUUUCAUUUACGAAUGUGCAUCCUUUUUCGGUAUAUUUCUCAAAAAGAACGCCAUGAUCCCUUACAACGACUCCUUUGGUGAUUACGUCGACAUGCUGAUCAAGGAUGAGGAGGCUAAGAAAGAGGAGAUCAGAGACAAAGGGAAGAUAGAAAAGUUGAAGGAAGAGAAACAACAAUACGAGAUGAAAAAAAAACUCAUCAAAACAACGAUUUCUUCAAGCUCAGAGGGAAAGUUUAAAACUUCGCCUGUAGAGGAGAUCUAUAAAAGGAAAAAAAAGCUUUGCUCUUUGAAGCACAAUGGAAGGAUAUUAAGAGAAGCUUUUGAUGGCGUGAUGUCCGCGAGACAAAGAAUAUUCGAAGAAAAUAGGAGGGGCCUCUUGCAGAUCAAUGGCAGUGACACUCUCUGGAGCCGCUUCCUCUCCAAAUGUGAGAUUGCACUGAAGAACUUUGUUGCUGAACCUCCUCAUCAACAUGCUUUGUACUACACGUCAUUUUUGUUAGAAGAACUAGCGUGGCAUAAAGAUGACCUGUUAGAAGCAUUAGAGGGUAUUUUUAGUACUUUUUAUUUCCUCUCAUGCACAGAGUGA